AUGAAAGAAUUAAAAGCCCAAGCAAAAGUUGGCGUUGGGAUCAAAAUUUUAUGGGGAACUUUGGCCAAAGAUUUAUGCUUUGCGCUUCCAAAAAUUAUCCCCAAUUCAGUUAAAGAGGCGCAAAUUCUUGAAGGAGAUGGUGGCAUUGGUACUGUGUUCCUGUUCAAGUUCGGCUCUGAUGUGAAGAAAUUAAGUGAUCAGAAGGAAAAGAUUGUUGAACUUGAUGAGUCUCUGCAUUUGAUUGCAUUACAAGUAAUAGAAGGGGGUCAUCUGAAUCAUGGAUUUACCUCAUACAAAACAUCUUUUCAGCUUUCAGCCAUCACGGACUCAGAGACCUUAGUGGAUGUAAUAGUGGUGUAUGAGACUGAAGCAGAAGCAACUCUUAUGCCAUCGCAAACUACAAAUUCUGCACUUGCUUUUCUGAAAUGUGUGGAAACAUACGUGUUAAACCAAGGAUCCUUGACUAAUCUUGAUUAG